AAAACAAGAGGCAACGUUAUGGAUUUCGAGCCUGGUAAUAGUAUUAAUAAGGAUGGAAGUCGAAUCAAUGCCAUCGCACAAAUGCAAAGCAGUCAGGAAAUUGUUCAACAAUAUUUGCCCGUUGAUGUAUUUUACAAGAUGGAUCAUUCUAAACGUGGUCUAGCUGUAAUAUUUAAUCAAACAUGGUUCCCUAACCUGCCUCUCCUUGCUUGCUGUGCUGCUAAUUAUAUUGAUCACAGCAAUCUUCGUGAUACACUAAAAAGUCUGGAAUUUUAUAUAUGGGACUGCAAUGAUUAUACUUCUGAAAACAUAGGAAUUAAAUUAAAUGAAAUUGCCAACCUAAAUCAUUCUGAAAGUGAUUGCUUGGUAAUAGUCGUGUUAAGCUACGGCGUACGCGAUUAUCUUUAUGCGCGCGAUAAUUAUUACAGAGUAGAUUUUCUCUGUAAUUUCUUUACUGCUGAUAAAUGUCCGACCCUCGCUGGGAAGCCUAAAUUUUUUAUUCAAGCUUGCCAAUGCGAUCAAAGCAACUCUACUUUUGAACGUACAUGUAGACCAAACGAAUUGUCAGACGCAUUUCGUAUUGAACAUGAUUUUCUGGUUGUCUACUCGUCUAUACCAGCUUACUACACUUCGACAAAUAAAAGUGAAACCAGUGGAACGUGGUUCAUUGAAGCUUUAUCCUCUCAAUUACGCGAAAUGGGCACUCAUUACGAUUUGUUAACUUUAUUGACAUUUGUAUGUAAACGUGUUACCAACAACUUUAACGGAAUCCCACAUUUGACUCAGUUUCAAAAAAAACAAGUUCCAUGCAUUAUUUCUAUGCUGACAUCCUUGGUGAAAUUUACUCCAAAGCAGGCAAAUCAGGAAGCUCAAGGAUGA